AUGAGACGACCAUCGACCAACUGGGCUAUGACAGCAAGCAUGGCGAAUCUUCUAAUGGUUCCACUACUCCCAGUCCAGGCGUCAGUCGGAAACCCUGGUCUUCUCCCGAGUCCUCCAAUGGGAUUCAAUAAUUGGGCCCGAUUCGAAUGCGAGCUCAAUGAGACGCUUUUCACAGAAACCGCGCAGUCCAUGGUAAGCCGCGGCUUACUUGAUGCAGGCUACAAUCGCCUCAAUCUUGAUGAUUGCUGGAUGUCAACUGCCCGUUCCGACAAUGGUUCCCUGCAGUGGAACACUACCAAGUUCCCCAAUGGUAUCCCCUGGCUAGCAAACUAUGCCCAGGAACGCGGGUUUCACCUGGGAAUCUACGAAGAUGCAGGCAAUGAGACCUGUGGUGGCUAUCCAGGCUCAUUUCAACAUGAGGAGCAAGAUGCUGAGACGUUUGCCAGCUGGGGCAUUGACUACCUCAAGCUAGACGGGUGCAAUGUUUACGCCGAGGAUGGAAAGCCUCUGCGAGACGAAUACAAGUCUAUUUAUAGCAAGUGGCACAAGAUCCUGAGCGGCAUGUCAGAGCCACUGAUCUUCUCCGAGUCUGCGCCUGCAUAUUUCUGCACCAGUGAAACUGAGUGGGCCAGAGUCAUGGACUGGGUCCCUUUUAAUGGGGAGCUGGCGCGCCAUUCGGAUGAUGUUCUUGUUUAUGUCGGUGAAGGCAGUGCUUGGGAUAGUAUCAUGGUGAACUACGAGUAUCAGAUUCAGUUGGUACGCUACCAGCAGCCGGGCUAUUAUAAUGAUCCCGAUUUCCUGAUCCCAGAUCACUCGGGUCUGACGGAGGACGAGAAGAAAUCCCAUUUUGCACUUUGGGCGUCGUUCGGGGCACCGCUUAUUAUCAGUGCUUAUAUUCCCGCUCUUCCGGAGGAGGUCAUUACCUUCCUUAAGAAUAAGGAUCUAAUCGCUGUGGAUCAGGACCCGCUAGCUGAGCAGGCUGCUUUGGUUACCCGUGGCGCCAAUUUCGAUGUCCUUACCCGCUCAUUGGCAAACGGUGAUAGACUUCUUACCGUGUUGAAUCGUGGAAACAAUACUGAGAAAAUCACGAUCCCGGUUUCGCAGCUUGGCCUGGAUUCCAGUUGCCAGUACCGUGCCCGUGAUCUGUGGACUGGCACUGUUAAAACAAUUCAUGGCUCUGUGGAGGUUACUCUUGACUCUCACGCUACUAGUGUCCAUCGCAUCACACCACCGCGCGGAUGCACAAAGACUACUCCAACUGGUAUGAUCUUUAACACGGCAUCUGAGAAGUGUUUGACCGCUUCUUCGAGCACUGUCACAUUCAAGGCCUGUGAUGCAGCCGAUUCGCAAGUCUGGUCUGUCUCUGGAUCCGGUAGCCAACUUACUCUGAGCCCAUUGUCGGAUACAGCAAAGUGUCUUGCGGCCAAGGAUGGGUCUAUCUCACUUAUGGCAUGUAAAGCUGGCUCUGGGACUAGCUGGUCUCAUUUCAUUACGGGUCAUUUGAAGAGUGCUGGUGGAGACUGCUUGAUUGAUUCUUCAGGGGCUAGUCUAGAAAAAUGUGAUCAAAGUGUUGCUGGGCAGAUGAUGGGUUUGCCAAGUGGUGUGAAGCUGGUUGCUGGUACUGACUGA